AUGCCAAGACAUUAUAAGAAAAAAGUGGAGAAGCGUACCUACGCCAAUUAUUCAACAGCUGAUUUACAAAAUGCACUUGCCGCCAUUAGGGGUGGUAUGUCGCAAGCAAAGGCAAGCAAAAAAUUUAAAAUUUCGCGGGGAACCCUUCAAAACAAGUUGAAGGGCAGCCACGAACGGCAUCCAGGUCACCCAACCGUGUUUACCCCCAUGGAGGAGAACUUGUUGACAAAGACAUUGAGUACAGUGAGUGAUUGGGGUUUUCCCUUUACAAAAGCGGAUACUCGGCAAGUGUUGCAUAAAUAUUUAGAAAAAAAAGGUCGUGUUGUUAAAGAAUUCAAGGACAAUGUUCCAGGUAGUGAUUUUCUGGAGCACUUUAGCACCAGAAACAACCUUAGUGUUCGUUUAGCCGCGAAUAUCAAACGAACACUUGCAGCGUUAGGACUAAAUACUAUAAAUGAGUUUUUUGAGAAUAUUAAAGACGUUUUAAUGGAUGCAGAUCCUCGACUGGUCUUCAACUAUGAUGAGACCAACGUUCAGGAUGAUCCUGGAGCUAAGAAGGUGGUGGUCCCCAGAGGAACAAAACGCGUUGAACGGGUCCAGCAACAUUGGAAAGCAUCGGUUAGCAUUAUGGUAUGCGGCAAUGCCGCAGGUGAACUUUUGCCGCCAAUAGUUGUUUACAAAGCCGGAAAUUUGUACGCGAAUUGGACUCAAGGAGGUCCGCCUGGAACGGUUUAUGCCAAUACAUCUAGUGGUUGGUUUGAUAUGAUUCAAUUCGAGAAAUGGUUUUUCGAUAUUCUGCUGCCUAAAAUUAAAGAUAUGAACACUCCUGCGAAAAAAGUUGUAAUCGGAGAUAACUUAGCCUCUCAUUUGCCUCCAUUAGUAAUCCAGGCAUGCGAGCAGAACAACAUUUAUAUGACACCUUUACCCCCAAAUAGCACGCAUAUAAUGCAACCAUUAGGUGCAACAUGA